AUGCCGAUGUCCCCGGCCAUCCUCAUCCUCAUCGCAUCGCUCCUGCCCCCGGCCUCCGGGUACCUGUGGGCCUGGAUGUACUCCCUGCCCCACCAGCUCCCCGAGGAAGCAGCACUGGGGAGAAGCGCCAGCCCCGAGGACCAGGCGGAGGAGGCAACAACGUGCGGCCCGAGCACCCCCUGCACCCACGGACACUUCUGCGACGAGCACUUCGGGCUGUGCCUGCCCGAGCGGCCCGAGGGGCAGUACUGCCGACGGGACACGCACUGCGCCCAAGGCCUCCUCUGCAUGUUCGGCAAGUGCCAGCAGCCCGUGCCCGACGGGCAGGAGGGAGCGCGGUGCGUGCGGGACGAGGAGUGCGGAUCCGGAGGGUGCUGCGCUCGGGUGCACGGUGAGACCGUUUGCAAGCGGCGGCUGGAGCGGGGCCGGAGCUGCCACGUCCCCCCCGGGGGUCUCGCCUUCAGCAUCAACCAGCUCUGCCCCUGCGAGCAGGGACUCGUGUGCAGGGCGAGCGCACCCCUCCGAGAGUGA